GCUGUCAGGCUGCAUUUGUUUACGUCCACUUUUGGCGUUUGUGAUUUGUUGGCUUUUUGCGGCUUUUGCAUUUGUAAAAAUCUGGGCAAUUUCCUUUUGUUUCGUGCACCUUUCGUUCUAUUAAGGAUGAGAUAGAAAUCGCAUAAAGUUUAAUAAGUUUUAAAAUACUUUAGCGUUGCAAAUACCACAGCGGUAUGGCAUUUUUAGAAGACUGUAUAAUCGUGUUCGUGUCACAGACCCUGUUCUUCAGUGGAGGCUGGCUAUUUUUUAUGAAACAAUUAUUCAAGAACUAUGAGAUACGACAUAUUUCCGUGCAGCUCAUAUUCUCGGUGUGCUUUGCACUCUCUCUCACCAUGUUUGAGCUAAUAAUCUUCGAGAUUUUAGGAGUGUUGGAGUCUAGUUCGCGAUAUUUCCAUUGGAGGCUCGGCUUAACCUUACUACUACUGAUGGUGAUUGCCGUCAUACCACUAUACAUUUUAUAUUCCGUCAUACAUAGCAUAUCAUUUGUAUCUGACAAAUGGGUGCGCAUCAUUACCGUAUUGUGCUGGUUUGUGUUCCUGUACGGUCUUUGGAAAAUAGGCGAUCCUUUUCCGUUACUAAGCGUUUCACAUGGGAUAUUCACCAUCGAACAAGGCGUAUCGCGUAUUGGUGUAAUUGGUGUGACCGUAAUGGCUGUGCUGUCUGGCUUUGGUGCCGUUAACUGUCCAUACCAAAGCAUGACUUAUUUUAUAAAGCCGGUAUCCCAAAGUGAUAUCUUAAAUUUGGAACGUAGGCUAAUGCUUACAGUCGAUAUGAUAGUUGCGAAAAAGAAGCGUAUUGCAUUAGAAGAACAUCGUCGUAAGAAGGAAAAUAAUACGAGGAAAGGAUUGUGGAAUAUUCUAAGUUCGGCUGUCAACCGUCUGGACAGCAGUGGACAAGAUAUUGGUCAACUGCGAUUAGAAAUAUACGGCUUGGAGGAAUUAAUGCGACAACUUUUCUUGGAAAUUAAUUCAAUGAAAAACAUGCAAGAACGACAGAAGUGGUCACAGACAUUGCAGGGAAAAUAUUUUAACGUGUUGGGUCAUUUUUUCAGCAUUUACUGUCUUUGGAAGAUAUUUAUUUGCACAGUCAAUAUAAUAUUUGAUCGCGUCGGUCGCAAAGACCCAGUUACACGUGGUCUUGAGAUCGCCGUACACUGGUGUGGUUUCGAUAUUGAUCUUGUCUUUUGGAAUCAGCAUAUAUCCUUUUUGCUGGUGGGCUGCAUUGUUGUGACGUCCAUUCGGGGUUUACUACUAACGCUAACGAAGUUCUUCUAUAGAAUAUCUUCCAGCAAAUCCUCGAAUAUAAUUGUUCUUAUUAUGGCUCAAAUAAUGGGCAUGUAUUUCUGCUCAUCAGUGCUGCUGAUGCGUAUGAAUUUACCUGCUGAGUAUCGUGUGAUAAUUACUGAGGUACUGGGGAGCCUGCAUUUCAACUUCUAUCAUCGUUGGUUCGAUGUUAUAUUCCUAGUGAGCGCAUUGAGCACCAUAUUGGUUUUAUAUCUCUCCCAAAAACCUAAAUAUGAUUCCAGCAUAGAUUAGUAGCGAUAAAUUGAACUAAUCGCUUGCUGAAAGUUUUUAUAUUUGCAAUUUGUAAAAAAAUACAAAGAUUGUAAUUAAGGUAUGUAGGUAUGCUACCGGAAAGGAUGUGUACUUGUAUUUAGUAAACCAAAAAUACUUCUAUAACUGUAACAUUGUUAAGCCUAGCAUAUUUAUCUGAAUUUGAAAGAACUGUGAACAAUUUUAUGUCUGCAUGUAAUGUAAAGAUUUUUCGCCUAUUCCGCAACGCACAAAAUUCAGCGGGUCAUUUAAAAAAAAGAGUAUUUCACAACUGCUAAAACCUAUUGCAAUAAAAUAUUCCAUUAUUUUAAAGCAAUCAUUAUUUAUUCCAUGAUAAUAAUACUAUAAUGUUUCUAUUAUGAUCUAUGCAAAGUUAAAUAUGAAAACGAAAGUAAUAAACUUUAUAUGUUAUGUAUACGUAA